GUGAGAUAACUUCGCGUUUGACGGCCGAUUGUCAGACGAUGUCGUCGACUGUAUCGACAAAUGUGAAUGUCUUUCUUCGAAACAGCGUCAUGCUGCUCGGCUCUCUGGUGUUCAUGUUUGCGCUUUCCUGGCGUCUUUCGCUGGUCACAUUUAUCGCUGUUCCAAUUGUUGCUUUUUUAACAAAAGUUUACGGAGCCUAUUACGAUAAUUUAUCGGAGCGAACGCAGUCGACACUGGCGGUGGCCAAUCAUGUAGCUGAAGAAGUGAUGAGCACCAUGCGAACAGUGCGCUCGUUUGCUUGCGAAAAAAGGGAAGCUGCUCGAUUUCGGCAGCAACUCGAUGAAGCACUCAAAAUUUACAAGAAAAAAGCAAUAGCCUAUAUGGGCUACACUUGGACUAACGAAUUCUGUGAUAACGCUAUACUUGUUGCAGUAUUAUUUUACGGGGGACAUCUGGUUUUAUCAGGUACAUCCUCUGGUUUUUUAUCCGAAUUAUCGGGAAAGUGUCAGUCGAGAAAGUAGCA